AUGCCACCUAAAGUAGUCACCACCGCAACAACAGUUGAAGAAACCACAACUGAGCAAAGUUCAUCUACAUCCACAAAGCCACCUAAAGUAGUCACCACUGGCCCAACAACCACUUCCACCACUGUAAUUGUUGAAACCUCUACCUCAACAUCACAGCCCAUAACAAAAGGUAAAGAAACAACAGGUCCAGUAGUGAUAACAUCCAAUCCCACUACUUUAACAACAACAACAAUUGUACCCACAACAACUACACCUACCACAGGUGGAACUACAAGAAUUGAAGAAACAACAACUGAGACGAUUCCAUAUACAUCUACAACGCCACUUAAAGUCGUCACCACCGGCCCAACAACCACUUCCACCACUGUAAUUGUUGAAACAUCUACCUCAACAUCACAGCCCACAGCAACAGGUGAAGAAACAACAGGGCCAGUUGUCAUAACUUCCACUCCCACUACUUUAACAACAACUACACCUACCACAGGUGGAACAACAACAAUCGAAGAAACCACAACUGAGUCAAUUUCAUCUACAUUCACAAAGCCACCUAAAGUAGUCACCACCGGCCCAACAACCACUUCCACCACUGUAAUUGUUGAAACAUCUACCUCAACAUCACAGCCCACAGCAACAGGUGAAGAAACAACAGGGCCAGUUGUCAUAACUUCCACGCCCACUACUUUAACAACAACUACACCUACCACAGGUGGAACAACAACCGUUGAAGAAACCACAACUGAGACAAUUCAAUCUACAUCCACAAAGCCACCUACAGAAGUCACCACCGGCCCAACAACCACUUCCACCACUGUAAUUGUUGAAACCUCUACCUCAACAUCUCAGCCCACAAAAACAGGUGAAGAAACAACAGGGCCAGUUGUCAUAACUUCGAAUCCCACAACUUUAACAACAACUACAAUUUCCCCCACAACAACUACACCUGCCACAGCCCACAACAACAGGUGA